CCGAGUCACUGAAUCCAUUCCAACUCUAAUCUCCUCCAUCGUUUCGGACAUACUUUUGUUGAUCGAGCUCAUAUCCGACUAGCUGCAGAUGGUUUCGUCGAUGCGGCAGUACAGAGAUGAGGCCGGUGCUUCCUCGUCCCUCUCCCUCUCGCUGUCCCUUGGCGCCGUGGCCGACCACAGCAAGAAGAUGCGCCGCGGCGGCGCGGAAGGCGAGUUCGUGUGCAAGACGUGCGGCCGCUCGUUCCCGUCGUUCCAGGCGCUGGGCGGGCACCGGACCAGCCACCUCCGCGGCCGCAACGGGCUCGCGCUCGGCCUCGCUGCCGGGACCGAUCAGCCGGCGACCAAGAAGACCGCGGACCAGAAGCAGGCGCACAAGUGCCACGUCUGCGGGCUAGAGUUUGAGAUGGGGCAGGCGCUCGGGGGACAUAUGCGCCGGCACCGCGAGCACGGGGCCGCCACCACGGCCCAGGCACCGCCGGUUCUGCUCCAGCUCUUCGUCUAGCUAGCUAGCGUUUCAUUGGUUUCUCUAUAGCUGGUUCGAUAUAGGUAGGCACCCAGUGCAGGUUUACUGGUUCUUCUGUGUGCGCGAUUGGAUUUGUACAUUUGCUGCACACUAGUAGGUGUUGAUCCUUGUUUCAUUCUCUCAUUUUUAUGAUUAUGUACAUAUUUAGGACUUGUUCGUUCGUUGAUUACAGAGACUACAUAUAUGUUACAUUGAUUUGUUCGUUAUUCUGUUCUAA